UUUCCUAUUCCAUUCCAUCUUCUUCCUCCUCCCUGCACCAGUCCUUCUUGGAAGCGAGAGAGGAGAGGGGAGGGACAGGGAGAGAGGGAGGAGGAGCGAGGCACCGGUGAGCUCGCGGGGAAGCUGCGUGGGGCUGCUUGCACGCCGCGCGGCCCUACCCUUUCCCCAGCUCACUCACCACGCUCUCCCUCUUCUCACCAACUCUUUCCCUCUCUCUUAUCUCCUUCCAAGAUCCCACCCCCCCAUUCUUCCUUUUUUUUUUGGUCGUCCCCACCAUUCUUGCUAGGAUCAUUCCUUGAUCUUUCGCUCGCUCGCUCCAGUACGCCCGUUUUUGUUUUCCAGCUCCGGGAGAUCCCAUCUCGGCCGCCACCUCCUGCGGUUUCCAAGCUCCAAGAGGCAAGAUUCAUUCCAGCUCAAAUUUGAGCUCAAUUUGCCCCGCUGAGCUCGAAUCAAUCCACGAACAACUGGCUCGGCAACAAGUGUCCUUCGUCCCCCCCGAUCCCCGGGCUUCGAUUCGAUCGAAUCCGACCUAAUUUUAUUGUGCUUGUGCCUGUGUGUGUGUCUGUGUUUUUUUAACCUCCUCUCGCUGCGCUUUUCCGUCGCAAAGUGGGUUCCAUCGCGUCACCCGCACGGCUCCUCUCCGAUCGGCCGGAGAAAGAAGGCGCAUAAAAAGGCGAGCGAGCUCUUGAUGCGGUCUUGGUCGUAGCAACAUACAGCAGCUCCACUGCUCCUGCCUGGCCUCGCCUCGCUUGCUGUUCUUUAUCCAUAUACGGACGGAGCAGCGGCCAGCGGGCGCUCCGGCAGCGGCGGCACCGCGCGGUCCACCCUCCGCCAGCGGGUGCUGAUGCUUGCCCUGCUCGCCGCCUUCGCCGUCGCCUGCCUGCUCUUCGUGUCCAGGCCAUGCGCGCGUGACAUGAGACUGUUCCUCGCCUCCCUGUGCCAGCAGCUCCUGCUCUCCCUCCUCGGACUCCUGGCAGGCCUCCGCCUGCUGGGCGGCGUCGCGGCCGCGUCCCACGCGGCCAACACAGAGACCAUGCCGCUCAUGCCGUCCUUCAAGAGGAAGCGGGCCGCGGUCACGGUGGAGAAUGCGGAGGAGGCGGCCGGCGCCGCCGCUGGCGGCGAGCCGUCGGUGCUCGACCUGCCGGAGCUGGCCAUCGAUUGCAUUCUCGAGAGGCUGCAGCCGGCGGAGCUGCGGAGCAUGGCCGCCGUCUGCCGCUCCAUGCGCGAGCGCUGCCGCAGCGACCACCUCUGGGAGCGCCACAUGACCAGCAAGUGGGGCCGUGUCCUGGGCCGCGCCGCCAGGGACGAAUGGAGGACGCACGUGGCGUCCGCCAGCGAGUCCGGCGCGGUCUCGGGCGGCGGCGGCGGCGGCAAGCGCCGGAGGUGGCUCGCGGCGCUCUCCUGCGUUUGCCCGGUGGUGUCCUGGAUGCGGCCCAGGCCCGACGGUGGCAAGUCGUCCGCCCCCGUGCUGGAUGAUUCCAUCAUGUCGUGGUACCUGUCCAUGGAGAGCGGCAAGUUCUGGUUCCCGGCUCAGGUCUACAACCGCGAGCAUGGGCAUGUUGGGUUCAUGAUGUCUUGCUAUGAUGCAGAGCUCAGUUAUGAUUUUCACACUGACACAUUCCGUGCAAGGUAUCCGCCACACGGUCGACGAACUGUGGUCUUGGAGGAUGGUGUCCAUUGGGACAGGAUCAGGGCACCACCUGUUGACACUCUUGCGCAUGAUCUCCACACCUCUGACUGCCUACAUGAACUCCGGCCUGGUGAUCAUAUUGAGAUUCAGUGGAGAAGGAACAAAGAAUUCCCAUAUGGCUGGUGGUAUGGGGUUGUUGGGCACUUGGAGUCAUGUGAUGGAAAUGAACACUUUUGUCGGUGUCAUCUUAGUGAUACCGUCGUGCUGGAGUUCAAUCAGUACACGCCAGGCUCAAGAUGGAGGCAAGCGUUGGUAAAUCGGAAGGAACACAGGGAAGAGGGCAAUGAGGGCGACGGGUUCUACGGCGGUGUCAGGAAGCUCCGCAGCAAGGAUGACAUCUCCAAGUGGAGGCAGCUGUGGCCAACAGACAUCCUGGAGUAGCAAGAACACAUAUAUUACUUCUCACAUUGGGAUUGAUCGAUUGCUCAAUUGACAUGCCUUCCAUUGACCAUUGCUUUGUGCUCUGUCCACGGCCAAUUCCUCUGCUGCGCUGUUGUACACGGAUUAGAACACAAGGUGGCAACAAAUCCUGUAGCUGGACAAGGGUGUAAACUUAUUGUCAGGCAUUACCGGGCGCAGACUGUUUCAUGGGACUGUAACUGUAAGCCUGUAACUACUAAGCAGUCUGCGUCUUGUGCCUGCUGUUGUAGCUGUAGGGCAGAAAGAUCAAAUGUAAAUUACAUUUUUUUUCUAGCUCAAAUUCACGACAAAUUGGUGCAGUGUC